AUGAUCCCAUACGUUGUCUGUCCUGCUACUUGUGAAUUAUGCGGUAAUUGGCUUCCUAAUCAUCAAUCUUCAUGUCCUAGAAAUGGUGUACACCCUUCACAAUGGAGCAUAUUAUCUUUUAUAAAGCAGGAAAUUGACCAAGAAGAACAAGAAGAGGAGUAUGAUGAAGAAGAAUUAUAA